CGCGGCGGUUGUCAAGCAAGAAACGAAACCUUGUUUCUGGCAAGGUCUUGUCAUAUGCUGGAGUUUUCGCUUCAGCUCUGUGUUAUGUUGCUCACUAGUGAAACUUUUUUCAGUGACCUACACUGUUCAAAAUCUAAUAGUUGCGUUAAUGUAGUGAAUUCGAGUGAAUGAGACCAGAGUCUUUCUCUAACGCAGAACAGAUAAUGACAUCUACGACUAACACUACAAUGGAGAAAAAUACAAAGCCGGUGAAGAAAGAGUCAGUGCAGGUUGUAGUGAGAUGUCGGCCCAUGAAUGACAGGGAAACGCGAGAAGGUCAUGAAAGGGUUGUUGAUAUGUUUCCAACAAGAGGUGUUGUGGAGAUCCGAAACCCAAGAGAGGAAUCUCGGGAAAGUAUCAAAACCUUCACAUUUGAUGCAGUCUAUGAUUGGACCUCAAAGCAACAGGAUUUAUAUGAUGAAACAAUCAGGCCUUUAGUAUCGUCAGUCCUGGACGGAUUCAAUGGCACAAUAUUUGCAUAUGGUCAGACAGGCACUGGGAAGACUUAUACCAUGGAAGGUUGCAAAUCCGAACCUGAUUCAAAAGGCAUUAUCCCAAAAUCAUUUGAUCAAAUUUUCAGCCACAUUGCUCGACAAGUCAACAUGCAGUACCUUGUACGAGCCUCAUAUUUAGAAAUCUAUCAAGAAGAAAUAAGAGACCUUUUGGACAGAGAUCAGAAUAAAAGACACGACCUCCGUGAAAAGCCUGAUACUGGCGUGUAUGUGAAAGACUUACAGUCGUUUGUAUGCAAAAGUGUGAAAGAAAUCGAGCAGGUGAUGACCGUUGGAAAUCAAAACAGAACCAUAGGAGCAACAAAUAUGAAUGAACAUAGCUCACGCUCUCAUGCCAUAUUUAUGAUAACAAUUGAAAUGAGCCAGACCUCAGAGGAUGGCAAAAAUCAAAUUCGUGUUGGCAAACUAAACCUUGUAGAUUUAGCUGGGAGUGAACGACAGAGCAAAACUGGGGCUUCCGGAGAACGUUUAAAAGAAGCCAGCAAAAUAAAUUUGUCACUUUCAGCUUUGGGUAAUGUUAUAUCUGCUUUGGUUGAUGGGAAGAGCCAACAUGUACCUUACCGAGAUUCCAAAUUAACUCGUCUCUUGCAAGAUUCCCUUGGUGGUAACUCCAAAACUAUUAUGGUUGCUAACAUAGGUCCAGCCAGUUACAAUUAUGAUGAAAGUUUGACAACUUUGAGAUAUGCCAAUAGAGCUAAGAAUAUUAAAAACAAACCAAGAGUUAAUGAAGAUCCUAAAGAUGCUUUGCUUAGACAGUAUCAAGAGGAAAUAGCAAAGCUAAAGAAUAUUCUCGCUGAACGUGCUGCUCAAAGAAGUCAAACUCUAUCUGGCAAAAAGAAAAAGAAAAAGAAGAAGGAUAAAGAUGCAGAUGAUUCAGAGGGAUCAGAUGAAGAAUCCUCCAGAACUGAGGAAGAUUUAUUGAAAGCACAAGAAGCUCAACUUGAUCAGAAGAAAGAAAAAAUUCUCAGUAACAAAAAUGCCAUAUCUGAAGAGGAAAAGGCUCGUUUACUAAAAGAGCUUGAUGAUAAGAGAGCUUUACUGGCCCAAGAAAAAGCCUAUGCCGAACAGCUUGCAACUAAAAUUAAAUCGAUGGAAAGUAAACUUCUGUGUGGAGGCAAAAAUAUAAUUGAUCAUACAAAUGAACAGCAAAGAGCUUUAGAGCAGCAAAGAGCAGAAAUUGUGGAGAGGAAGAGGAGGGAAAUUGAAAUGAAGCAGAAGUUAGAUGCUCAGGAAGAAGAGGCCAUGGAAAUAAGGGAGACUUACACCAAUCUUCAACAAGAAGUAGAAAUAAAAACAAAAAAACUGAAAAAGAUGUUUGCAAAAUUACAGCUAGUGAAACAGGAAAUUCAAGAUGUUACUGAAGAAUUCAACAGAGACAGGCGAGAACUUGAAGCAACCAGGAAUGAGCUAUUGAAGGACCUUAAACUUCAAUAUCUCAUAAUUGACAAUUUCAUUCCUCCUGAAGAAAAGGAACGCUUGAUUGCUCGCUCUAGAUAUGAUGAUGAAGAGGAUUGUUGGAAAUCAGACCCACCUCCAGCAGAACAGUUGCCGCUAUUUAGAAGACCAGUGUCAGUUGCUGGCAUGAGACGUCCUAUAUCUGAGUAUGCACGUGUUGCCAGUAAAGUCGGUGUGAGCCAUCGAUUUUGUGGUGAAAAUAUCAUUCGCCUUGAACUAGACCCACACCCACGAACCACAGACGAUUACACAGGACCAGCUGUUGCACCAGGAAUUAUGUCUGUUCUUGAAGCUGCACUGAAGAAGGAGGAUGACUUGGAUGUCGAUGCCUCUGCCGCCGGGCGCCACUUCCGCAUUCGCUCAGGACGGCCCCUCCCACCUUCCAUGGCGUUAAACACAGGCAUCCCUAUUUCGGCAGUGUCCAAAAGUGCCAUUUCGGGCACUGCAUCAGUCGGUAAUAAGAAAGUUGUGUAUCCCAAAGCUCGUGGACUCGUACCAAAGUAGAAAAAUUAUUGUAUUUUAAGGUAAACUAGAUUUUUCUUUGUGAUAAUGUCAUAGCAAUUUCACCAGCUUGAUCAAUGUGUAACUUGUGCUUGGUGCCAUUUUAAAAAUACAAACAAUAACUUGUUGUAAAAUCUUUUGGAGGAAUGUUUGAGAGGUGCUACCAUUGUAUGACAACAAUGGACUGAUUUUAUGUGGUUGAUGGGUAUGAUGCAGAAGACAAUAGUAGUUAAUAUCAUCUUCACCAAUUACUGCAGAGAUGUUUCAAAGUAGUUAAAAUUGUUCUUUACCUGUUUUAUACCUGUGCUAAGUAGCUCAUCAAGCUUUUUUAAUACUUGUUUGGAGCCACACUACUGUUCGAAUACAUUUCAAAAUUCUGAUCACACUUUUAAUAGUAACAUAAAAGCUGACCUUUAUGUAUUCUCGUUUUCAAAUUUUGAGGAUAUAUUUUUUAUUUAAAUUAGAGUAGCUUUCUUAAAUUUUUUGAGACUGUUGUUUGUCAAGCAUUCCUUUUCUAAUGUUCUGCUGUGUAGAUAUCAGCUUUAUUUUAUCAUGAUCACCAUUUGUGGUUUUUUAUUUAAACUUUACAAAGCUUGUGCCAUACAUGCUUGUGCCUCAUGCUCAAGUGAGUGCUCAAGAACUUACUUUGAGUAAGUGUUCAGUAUUACAUUCCCAUACACCCUUUGUGGUCCUGGUUUAACAUUUUGGCUUCUUUUGAAGCCAAUUGUAAAUCCUGCACUUAGGACAAUGAGUUCACACUUUCACACCAUGUUCCCUCUAUUUUCUGGAUUCAUUGCUUGUACUGUUAGCCUAUCAUGUUCUAAUGAGCUUCUACUCUCUCAAUUGCUUUUGUUCUGUGAUUUAGAAAAUUUAUUGAUUUCAUUGUACUUUUAAGUUUUUAGUAUGUAAUGGGCUCUUUGUUACUAAGACUUGAGUGUACAUUGCUAUGUUAAUGCAUGUGCCACAUCUUCUAGUCGAAUGAAAAAGUGAAACUGUAUUUGUGCUGUACACCUUGAUGUUGCCUUGUUCAUAGAACUGAAGUUUGACUUAGGAGCAAGCUCACUCUGCACUGGCCCUUUAAGUGGAGGUGACUUGGCACUCAUGUACUGUAUUUUUGCAAAAUUUUUAAGCUGUAAGGUUGCUGUGAUCAAACACUCUGGUUCUGAUUACCAGUGCACAUCUAAAUAAAAUGUUUAAAUACA